GGGCGGCUACGGAAGCGGCGAGAUUGUCCCUCGGCUGCAGCCCUGGUGCGACCUGGCCCGUUGCCGUAGAGAUGGGCAGGGCUGGAUGGAGUAGGGUGCGGUGAGCUGAGCUGACCCUGCUUCGCCACGGGGACUGCAGUGACCCCGGCUUGCCGGCAGGGCGGGUAACCAGUUGAGCCAGGGUGGGGCUGCUCAGGGGCGUGGAGCGGAGGCCAGGAUUUCUCUGAAGACCCAGCACAGGCGAUUCCUUUCUGCGACGAGACCAUUGCUAUGGAAACCAAAGCUCCAGGCCAGCGGAGAUUGAGGCUCCCGGGUCGUGACUGGUCUUUCGCCCGAAGAACCUCGCCUGAGGCUUCCGGAAGCGGCUACUUCCUGAACGAACCCGCCCACCCUCCUGAGGGAGAGAGGUAAGACCCUCGGGGUCUUGACACCACGCAGGCGAAGAAGCCUGUUCCAAUGCCAGCUCCCCCAGGAAACCUACCCGGCCCACCCGUAGAAGUGGUGCCUCGCUCUCCUUAACUCUUGGACUUUGUUCCACGUUCAUAACUUAGUAUUUGAUGAACGCCCCGCGAUGUUUGUUCUUUUUUCCCACACAUAAUAGACCAUAAAGAUUGGCUUCCUUACUUUAUGACUGAAAAGUCCUUUUCCCCGCUGUGUCUCAGCUUCCUCUUAUGUAAAAUGGAAAUAUUAAAUCUAGACGCUGGUCUGAUUAGGUUGCUUUGAAGAUCGAACCGGAUGAGGGAAGCCAAAGACUUCAUAGGCUGUAAAGUGGUGAAACUGAACUGCUACCCAGUUGCUAUUUUUUUCUUCUCCUCUCUCCUCCUCAAGCUAAAUAUUCUUUAGAUCUCUUGUGAUUUCUUCAGGCGGUCUUUGCGACUCCCUAGGCUCCAACCUGGAAGAAAUCUCUUUACACUUCCCUUUCACAGAGCCCUGCAUUUUAACUUCACUAUCAGAAGCAAGAAAAAUAUUUAUCAUUUUUAGAGGGCUUACUCUAUGCCAAGCCCUAAUAAAACUCUACGUGGGUUAUCUCAUUUAAUUUCACAACAUCCUUGUAAGUUUUCCAUGGACACAGCCUAGCAGAAAGAUGCAGCCUUCAUGCUUCGCUGACUACUGACCUCUGACCGACCGCCUUGAUGACAGCACCCUCGUGUGCCUUCCCAGUUCAGUUCCGGCAGCCCUCAGUCAGUGGCCUCUCGCAGAUAACCAAGAGCCUGUAUAUCAGCAAUGGUGUGGCCGCCAACAACAAGCUCAUGCUGUCUAGCAACCAGAUCACCAUGGUCAUCAAUGUCUCAGUGGAAGUAGUGAACACCUUGUAUGAGGAUAUCCAGUACAUGCAGGUACCUGUAGCUGAUGCCCCUAACUCACGUCUCUGUGACUUCUUUGACCCUAUUGCUGACCAUAUCCACAGCGUGGAGAUGAAGCAGGGCCGUACUCUGCUGCACUGCGCUGCUGGUGUGAGCCGCUCAGCUGCCCUGUGCCUCGCCUACCUCAUGAAGUACCACGCCAUGUCCCUGCUGGACGCCCACACGUGGACCAAGUCGUGCCGGCCCAUCAUCCGACCCAAUAGCGGCUUUUGGGAGCAGCUCAUCCACUAUGAGUUUCAGUUGUUUGGCAAGAACACCGUGCACAUGGUCAGUUCCCCAAUGGGAAUGAUCCCUGACAUCUAUGAGAAGGAAGUCCGUUUGAUGAUUCCACUGUGAGCCAUCCCACCAGCCCCUGCAUUGGAGUCAGGGGUACAGAUCUAUUGUUGAUUCUACACCAAGAUCCAGACUUGAACAUUCUACUUUUGUUUAUACAGAAAAAAACAGAUGAUGCCUUUUAUGAGCACAAGGAAAAAGAGUUGCUGUAGCUUUUAACUUUAUAAUCCAUUUUUUUAAAGAGUGAACUCACUAGUUGUGAAAUGUUGAAGGUCAGUUUUCUGCCCUGUGAGUGACAGGCCUCUGCUGGCCAGGGGAUAGGUUGAGGCAGAUGGUGCCCAGAAGAAAGAGGCCAGCACCCAUUGCACAUGGCAGGCCUGGAAUCCUGCAGCCCUCCCCAAAACCGAGUGACCCAGGAAUGAAUCUGCUACAAUUCCACCUCGUUCUUUCAUACCCAGAGCCAGAGCCAGAGCCUUAAGCAUCAUGGUACCUCUUGCGCUUCUCACAGUAAGUGCCAAUCUGCUAGAUAAAUGGCCUUCAGGCAGUGCUCCAGGAAUCCUGGGGGGUCCCAGGCCACCUGUGCUUCCACCUUCACUACAAGUGGCCCAAUUCUGAUUUUCUAGAUUGUACUUAUGCAUAAGGUAGUUUCUAAAGAAAACAUUCCACUGUUUAAUUUUUUUUUCUUUUUUUGAGACCGUUUUGUUCUGUCACCCAUGCUAGAGUGCAGUAGUGUGAUGAUGGCUCACUGUAGCCACAACCUCUCAGGCUCAAGUGAUCCUCUUUACCUUAGCCUGCUGAGUGGCUGGGACUACAGAUGUGUGCCACCCUGCCCGCCUCAUUUUUUUUCUUUUUUUAUAGAGAUGAGGUUUUACUAUGUUGCCCAGACUGGUCUCAAACUCCUGGCCUCAAGCAAUCCUCCUGCCUCAGCCUCCCAAAGUGUUGGUGAGCCACUGCACCCGGAUACCACUGUCUAAAAAAUUAAAAAAAAAAAAAUUGUGAGUACUAUUGUACAUGGCAAAGUUUCAAAGAGCUCUUGGCCAUCCCUCACCAAACUUUGACGAAAGAUGGUGUUGGUCCCCUUCUCCAGGGCACAUGAGAAAAACAGGCCUGACAUCAGGCCUCGGGUUCCUCUCUCGGGCCUUGGCUUGGAAGGCUGGAGCUUUGGACCAGUGCCCAGUCCUGUCACCUCCUCUUCAUGCGACUUGGACCCCUGGGAGCAUCAGUGUCCUCAUUGGUCCAAUGACAUCCCUUUUCUUACAGAGUUGUCAUGAAGAUUCAACAAUUUCUUGGCAUAAUGCCUGGCCCAUGGUGUGUGCUUAGUGCAAAUGGCAGCUCUCAUCAUGAAUGAUAGACUCUUUAACCCUGCUGGUCCCAGGUCGGCACACACAUCCUCAUAAUGGCAUUUCUCCUUUCUGUGCACAGCCCUUUAUUGUUAUUAAGUACUGUUCCAAAAAGUUACCCUGUGUAAAAGAAAAAAAAUGGUUUAAGUCCUUUCAGACCCUACCUCAGAGGAGGCCUAGACUUAGAGCCUUUUGAGAGCUUCCAUCUUGUUUAAUCUAGGUGCAAUCUAGGGGUCUUGAAGCAAGGAGCACAAUUCCAGUGUCCCCCAAUUACUUCUAAACAGUGAUUGCAGCCUUGUUUAGAAUCAAUAUGAAAACUUGGCACCCUGGCUGACUACUGGGAUUCAUAAGGGGCAGUGUCAAAGGGACUAAUGAGCAGACUCCAUCAGUAGGCCCUGGAAUUCAGGAUUGUUCACAUCCCCUCGGUGCCAAGGACCUGGCUCAAGACCACCUGUUCUGAUCCAGAGGUUUUCAGCAAACAGCAUUUGAAACAGAAGCACAGCUGCUCUGUUUGACACCAAACUGUGGCUCCAGAUUCCAGUGGAAGCCAAAUGCUUUUUCUUUUACAGCUGGGUGCCUGUAAUCCCAGUUACUUGGGAGAUGAGGCAGGAGAAUUACUUGAACCUGGGAGGCAGAGGUUGCAGUGAAACAAGAUUGCACCAUUGCACUCCAGCCUGGGCAACAAGAAUGAGACUCCAUCUCAAAAA